UGAUGUCAGUAUUGCUGAUGAAAAUGAAGAGCACAGAGACACAGAUCCAGAGAUAUAAUCUACCCCAUGGUACCCAAUGAGGCUGUUCUUGUAAGGUGCCCAGAUCAUCUGAAUGAUUUUGCACUUUCAUUCACCUUAGCAGAAAGAAACACCACUUGCCAAUGCUGCAUUUUGGGCUGCAAGAAAAGGAAACCUGGCUCUCCUCCAGCUGCUGCUGAACAGUGGCUUGGCACAACAGCUCUGAUGGUAGCAUCUUACUAUGGCCACAUAGAUUGUGUACGGGAAUUGGUGUUGCAAGGAGCAGAUAUCAAUCUGCAGAGAGAGUCAGGUGCAACUUCUCUGUUCUUUGCUGCACAGCAAGGCCACAAUGAUGUAGUGAAGUUUCUCUUUUCAUUUGGAGCCUCCACUGAAUUUAAGAAUAAAGAUGGAGGCACAGCUCUCCUGGCUGCCUGUCAGUACGGGCAUGCAAAAGUAGUGGAAACUCUGCUGAAGCACGGCGCCAACAUUCAUGAUCAACUCUAUGAUGGAGCUUCUGCAAUUUUCCUGGCAGCACAAGGAGGAUAUCUGGAUGUCAUCCGAUUGCUUCUCUCUUCAGGAGCAAAGGUUAACCAGCCACGACAGGAUGGGACAGCUCCCUUGUGGAUUGCCUCGCAGAUGGGUCACAGCGAAGUGGUGCGAGUGAUGCUGCUCCGGGGAGCGGAGCGAGACGCCGCGCGGGAUGAUGGUACAACUGCUUUACUGAAGGCUGCUAUUAAAGGCUAUAACAAUGUGAUAGAAGAGUUGCUGAAAUUCUCUCCCACGCUUGGCCUGCUGAAGAAUGGGACCUCUGCUCUCCAUGCAGCUGUCCUGAGUGGCAACGUAAGGACAGUGGCACUGCUCCUGGAGGCAGGAGCAGAUCCAUGCCUGAGGAACAAGGCAAAUGAAUUGCCGGCAGAACUAACAAAAAAUGAACGCAUCCUCCGACUCCUCCGCGCAAAGGAAAAGCAAAGGAAAAGUUAAUGCGGCCCUAUGGCAGAUGCAGUGUGACAGAGAUGUGCCCUGACCACAAGUAGCAUGACAGUAAUCCUAGGUUGGAAUGGUUUGCAGAACUGAUCAGCCUGUCCAGUAGACGCUCCCUGAACGCACCAGGCCCUUGCCACAGGGUCAACAUGAGCUGGCACCUCUGCCUGGCAUCACUGAACGUGGGACCAUGACAAGAGCAGGGGGUGGCCCAGGAGCUGCAUUUGCACUGCAGCCCUGCCUGUCCCCCAUGCAUCCCAGCACAGGCACCCCUGCUGCUUCAGGCACGCACCCCCUGCUGUCAUGGCCACAGACCCAUGACAGUGUGGGUAGGGAGCACUCAGCCCUUGCACCAGAAGGAUACCUGGACCUUGCAGCUGUUUGGAUUCAGCUGUUCAUGGAGCAGCCCUGUGAUGCCCCUGCCCUCCCUUCACUGACAGUGACCAUUUCUCUCUACCUCCAAGUGCCAUGUGAGACUAGAGGUGAGAUGCCACCUGAGCCAUCACAACAGCAAAAGUUCUCCUGUCAGCCCAGGGCUGAGGUAACAUUUUUGCUGCUACAUGAAGCUCCGUAAAAAUGAUCAAGAGUACUACAAAUGAUGCCAAAAGCUACCAACCAAACAAGAAGCAAAGGGAUGUCUUCUCAAUUGCAGCAUCUUGAUCUGCCAGUCUGUCCAGCAACAGAAACACAACAGAGCAGUUGAUUUUGCGAUGCCUACACAGCUUAUGGGGAUCCUUCCCCAACCUUGUGUGCAUUUUUGUGAGUAGAAGAGGACUGGUUGCUGAGCAAACCAACCAUGCCUAAAAGGGCAUUUUUCCACAGGUGCAAGUACAUCAGAAACUCAGCUGUCAGGCACAACAAACUGCACAGAUGCUACACAAGUGGUAUUUGUAUGUUCUGCACCCAGACUAUGGUUUAGUACCCAUAGCUAUUAUGCAAAGCAUUCAUUCCCCAGGUCUAUGGUAGGAACUAAGGGAGAAGUGCACAGUGUACAGGUGUUUCAACUGUUGGUGAGAGGGUUAAACCUGAACAGGCCCACUAAUUAUUGCAGACAUGGAAAGUGAAAUCUGAACAGCAGUUCUGGUCUUUGUUGUGGUUAAGACAUUUAGAUAUGCUACUAGUGCCUGUGCGGGGAAGGCAGUGCAGAUUGCAGGUGGUUUGUGAGAAGCUGUGCUGUAACCAUAUUGCUCUAAGACACCCCAUUUAAACCCAGUCAUUUCUGCAGUAUAAACAGUGUAUACCAUAUCCUGUUAGCCACAAAACCAUUAGAGAUAAAUUUACAGUGAGUUGAGGUAAAAAGUUAGUUCAGUACAUAAAUCCAGGCACUUUACCCACUUUCAAACCUUGGCAAAUUACUGAAGAAUUGCUUUAAAAGUUGAAGACAAGGAAGAUUGUACGGACACAAAAUAAUUCUUGCUUAAGAAAUAUCUGCCUAGGAUUCAGCUGAACUGCUGCACUUUUGCUUUGGUGAGUUAAAAGGAAAUCUGUAGGUGAGCUAACACAAAUGAAUGCCAUUUGUGUAUUGCAAAUUAGCUAUAUGAAUUAUCAAACCAUAAAGGUUGGUUGUUUGGGGUUUUUUUGAGAAAAAGUUAGGUAAGAAGUCGGUGUUCUGGUGAAGAGAACAGAACCAGGUAUACUUUUUCUUGCAUGCUGGAAUUCCUAUUCAAUUUCUAUUCUGCAUUAAAUAGGAAUAGCUUUAAGUUUUCCAACAAUGUAAUAAGAAAAUUUAUUUGUUUAGAUAAUUUAUGCUGCUGUAUUUUUUAAUUAAAAUAAUGUUGUGCCUAACAGAAACUUGCAGAUAACUGGUACAGAACCAAAGAAUUAUGCAAGAUGCUUAGAGGAUGACUGUAUCCAGAGUCUGCAAAAGACUGAAAAAUACUGAGCAUGCAGAAAUCUCAAGAGCCUUAUUGGGAUCUUAAAUUGCACAGCAUUACAAGGGACUGCACUAUAACUUCUUUAACAAACAACGCUGGAGAGGACAGGUUUACUUGGAUCCUCCAGUGGGUUGAAGAUGAAUGAAUUUUGGAGAACAGUAGAGUGACUCUGGGCAGCCUGGCCUCAGUAUUGAACUUUCACUCUGAAUUUUCUACAGAUCAACAACUGGCAACAACCACACUUUCAAGGGGAAAAGCCCUUUCAUAUUUGUAAAGGAGGUGAAUAAUAAUUAGAAGGUCUUCAGUAGCUAUGCAAUAAAUACUCUUAGUAUCAGACAGGCUGUAGUAAUCACACCGUCCUAAAAAUGUGGAAGCAUCCAUUGUUGGUGAGGGUCUCCUAUUUCUUCCUGAUAGCAGAGCAUAGGAGAGAGGACAAGGCAAGCCAACACUGGUCCUGCAACAGCUAAAGUAAGGAAGCUGAGACAACAAACACAGGUAUCCCAUAUCACAGGUGGCCCUUUCUUUCUGCCAGGUGUAUUUUCUUGGGAGUGUUGUCUCAUCCCAAAGGGGGCAGUUACUCAGCAAAGAGCUUCUUUAACUAUGCCUGUCCAUGGGAAGAUGCAUGUCUGCUCCUCACGACUUAGAGCAGGACUUUCUAAGUCCUGUGUCCAGCUGCCUCUGGUCACUGCAGCUGGGGAUCUCUUGAAACACAUGAAGAGCACCUGGGUCCCAUCCCAUAGAGAGUACCUGCUGACCUUCCAAGAGAAUGCAAUUACCAGGUUGGGGGUUUUUUUGGAGUGAUCUUGUGCUAUAAUAAGCUUUUCUUCUGAACAACGUUUGAAAUGCAGGGCUAGCACAGGUUUCAGGGAGAGGUUUGGUCUCUUCUUGUUCUUGCUAGUGCUGGCUGAUACUAUACACAGGCUGUGUGGAUGGAUCCAUCAUGGAGACCUGGCAAUGAAGUCGUUCUCUGCCUGAUUCAGGCUGAAAUUGAAUCUAGCUUCAGCAAUGACACUAUUCGACCAAAAUGAGACUUCUGGCAUGGAAACCUUCUUUUUUGGGAGCAUUUGUUUAAUCUUGGAGCCUUUGGAGAGAGAGAUGGUUUCAGUUCUGGGCUCCCUGUAACCCAAAGGUGCUUAAUCUGCCUGUAUAUGGGCUCUAAUGUUGCAAUACUGUUUAUCACCAUGCAAUUCAAUGUUUUCACAAAGAAACCUUAAUAAUUAUUAGUAUUUAUGUAGCUGUUGUUAUCUUUAAAGUGUUCAGCAAAUAUUGCUGUGGUCUAUUUGUUGUAUUAAAAUGGAAGCCCAUUUUCCCUUGGUGGCUGAAGUGA